AAGUCAAAACGAGAAGUUUCAACUUGGACGGAGGGAGUAUAUCUAAAUCGAAGAGAAAAAGAAUGGAUGCGGAGAGGCUAUGGGGCGAUCCUCUAGAUGUGAAUGAUGGUUUUGGAGAGUUGAAUUUUCAACGUUCGGAUCGUCACGACCGAUCGAGGUUUAAGAUAGCUUCUGUUAGAGGAGAAGACAACCUUUCCAAAUGUAUUGAGGUUAAAGAUAGCUUCAUCAGAUCGAACGGUGAAGCUGUCAGAUACUCAGAUGAGGAGACAACCUUUCCAAAUGUAUCGAGGCCUCGACAACAAUGUCUAAAAAACUCCUUCAACACUUGCUUCCAGUUCAUGAGAUCAUACAUCCACAAACCUUACGCACCUAUUACAGACGAGGAAAAUGAGAUUGGCAAACAAUAUCUUGAUACCGAAUACCCCAUUUAUUCCCAUGCCUUCAAACAUGCGCCUAUUGUCUGGGUGGGCCACCAAUUGAAUGUUUUAGACUUGCUAGGUUUUAAACUCUUGUGUUUCUACAGUACCAGUACUCAAAGCAUUCCUAAUCCUAGCAUUCAGCCCAACAACAGAUCCAGAAGUUAUGCGCUUCUCACGAGCUCGCUAGAAGAGGCGAUUUUGCGGUGGUGGUGGUGCCAAUGAUGAGGAAUGGUUUCACUCAUUCUUUCUCUGCCUAUGAACACUUCUUUUCGGGCUUUUCCUGCCUUGCUGUCCCUUUCGGUGAAUAUCUUCGCCGUGAGUACAUUUGCUCGGUACUUGGUUUUGAUGGUCAGCCUAAAGCUUUGAUUCUUGAUCCAUCUCAGAGGGUUCUUUACCAUGGCCAGCCCGAGAUGUUUACUCGGGUUGGAGGAGCUGGGGGUGGUGCUUUUCCCUUUACUCCGGAUAGAGUGGAUGCUUAUUUAUGCCAUGAACGUGGUUGGCAUGAUCACUACUCCCUCAAUGAGCUUUUGGGCCUUAGAGACACUGAUGUUCUCUACAACAUUGGAUAUUAUCACGUUGGCGGUGAUCGGUUGGAGGAGGAGGAGGAUGGUCGUCGUGGUAUUACUAUUUCAAAACUUAAAAGAAAGUUUGUGGGGAUUUAUGUGUGCUUUGAUGGUAGCAGUUUAUAUGAGCUUGAGGAGGUUUACAAGGAAUGUUGUAAACGGGGGAAAGAGUGUGAGCUUGAGAUUGUGGUGGUGGGUGUUCCCUUUGUUGGGAUGGAGCACCCAAAGUUGAUGGAGAAGUUUAUGAUUGAAGCUCUUGAGAGUGUUAAGCUGCUAGGCCGGUGGUUUUUGCCUUUCAACAACACUGUGAGCCAUAGGCUAUGUCGGAUGCGAUGUGACAGUCAGGAGGAUGGCCUUUUCAUGGUGGAUCAUGUUAGAAAGUAUGUGGAUGUAUACGGAUUUCCAGUCAUGACUGACUUUGGCGGCGUGGACGCUUAUCCCUUCAACAGGAGGAAUUUGAUCGAGGAGUUCGAAAGGAAAAUGGGACUGAGAUUGAAGUCAUUACUACUUUCCUGUUGGGAACAACAUGUAAUUAAAAGGCUGAUCAGUAAUAUGGAUGAGGAGGUUCCUUUGGCACAAGUUCUUGAGAAGAUGCCUUUUGUUGUUCUUUAUAUGUACAAAGGGGGGAAGGGAAAGGGGCAUUCAUCAAGUGUGGUGGUGGUUACGGUGAGCAUGGAUGGUAUUGAUGGUGAUACACAUUGGUUCCUUGAAAUGGGGUGGUUGGUGUGCCCUGCAGACCCAUUCAAGUCGGCCAAAAUUCGCGAUGAAUACUUCUUCCAUCGUCAAUGUAGGCCAGACGAGGUGGUUGUUUCAUUUGGCGAAGAUGGUCGGAUUCAAUCUUUGGAUGCUUCUCAUAUUAUGGAAUGUCAAGGCCCUCCUUUCCAUGCCAAUAAUCUACGCGCGGAGAUUGCCAAGGAAUUUUAUAAGGAUAAAUUUACCUAAAUAUGACUAAAACAUAAUGACUUUCCCAAUAUAGGACUAUAUGUUUUUAUUUCCCAAUGUAGGACCUUUGGUCAUUAUGAGUUAGUCAUUAUUCAACUAAAUGUCCAGCAUCACUUGGACAUUAUUCUUCUCACUAGUCAUUAUUUAGUCCUAUUUAGGGAAUAAAAAAGUUUAAGUCCU